CCCACAACAAAACCAGGGCCUCUGCUGCAAACUACAGCCAGGAGCCGCACUGGGCCACAGACAGACGGGUCCUGUCGGGGGGGCUUCUGUCCGUCAGGCACACACACAUAGUUCGUUGGAUUUGAAUGUGUUGUGAUACAUUUUGAAAAAAUGACCACCAACGAGGAUGUGAGACUGUUUGACACCACAGCUGCCACACAGGACUCUCGGGGAGAUGACGCGAGGUCGAGCCAGGAGCAAGAGGAGAGACGGAUCCUGACGGCCUGGAAAAGCAUGUCCUCCACUCUCCAUCGACACAGUCUGUGUGAGGACUCCGCAGCUCCAGGACCAGCUCAGUCUUUCCUGGCCCAGCAGAGACAGUCCACCCUGACCAGGAGGGUGCUCCGACUACAGCCCAGGUAGGAGGCCUCAUGUGCAGGGAGAGACGGAGGAGAUCAGGAUGAAGAGCAAGAGUAUGGAAGAAGGAGAGAAGGUUUUUUUCCUGUUUGACCUUGGUUCUCACUAAUGUUUGCUGCUACCACCUCCAGCUGGUCAAUGUUGGUACUACAGUAAAUAUUAAA